CAUUAAGGGAAAAGCUAUUUUAAAUCAUUUUAAAAUUUGCUUUAUUACAUAGAACAACUACGCAAGAGAGUCGACUAGAAGUGGAAAGGAACUAAUUUUAUUGUAUUAAUAAGAAUGAAAUUUCCAUUGGUGCUAUUUCAUUACUUGAUAAUUUGUUUGACUUUAGUUUUGGCAGCCGUCGUUCCAGAAGAAUGUGUAAAAACCUCCAAUGAAGCAAUAUCAAUGCAUAUAAACUCCAGUACAACAAAAAUACAGACAACCACGUCUUGUCCCGCACUGGAUAACGCAGAUUCAUUAACCCAAACCCAAUUGAUUUAUCGUCUUACAAAUCCAUGUCGUUUUGAUCGAUUUGACAGACCAUUUCCAGUACUUGAAAACACUUCUGUAGCCAACCAGCCAUCAAAUAUUAAUGUACGGAUUUAUAUAACUGAUAUAAAAAUAAUCGAUACCAAUGACAUGCAGUGUAAAAUAUUUGGGUUUCUACAGCUUCGUUAUAUGGACCAUAGAUUGGCGUUUGGAGAGUAUGCACCAAAACGUUUGCAACCGAUAUUCGGUGAUUCACAACUGCUGGAUCGCAUUUGGGUUCCACAUAUAAUAUUUGCCAAUGAGCAAAAUACAGCUAUCUUGGAAACCAGUGAGAAAGAUGUUUUAAUUAUGGUAAUGCCAGAUGGAGUGUUGAGCAUCUCCACCCGAAUUGAAGCAUCAUUAUCUUGUUCGGUUGCAUUAAAUAAAUUUCCUUUUGAUGAUCAACAAUGCUCUGCGAUUAUAGAAAGUUGGUUGUACAAUUCUUCCGAAGUAAUACUGCACUGGGAUGAGGAAGAUUCGAUCGAAAUUGAUCCAAAUAUACAGCUAAUAGAUUAUGUCUUAGAAUAUUCUUGGCACAAUGAAACAAUCUUCCAAACCAGGAAAGGAGACCUGCGAUAUACGUUACUGGGUGGCAAUUAUAGUUCGAUAAGUUUUACUGUGUACUUAACGCGCGAUUCGUUGUUUUAUACAUUUGAUUAUUUUUUACCUUCUGUUAUGCUUGUUGGAAUUUCUUGGGUCUCAUUUUGGCUUCAAGCGGAUCAAACACCUGCACGCACGACAUUGGGCACAAGUACCAUGUUGUCGUUGUUCACGUUAACUUCUAACUACGAGAAAAAAUUCGAAACAAAAAACCAUGCACAGUUCUUUGAAGUUUGGUUUUUCGGUUGUACGUUCUUCAUAUUUGGUAGCCUUAUGGAAUUUGCUUUUGUAAAUACUAUAUGGCGCCGAAAUAAAUGCUUGAGUCUGAAGAAAGUCAAUAGCAAAUAUAUUUUCAAGUCGACUUUAUCCCCAAAAGUUAUACCACAAAGUAAGAUCUAUGAUUGUGAGACAGACGGUCGCAUACAUUUCAUUAAUGGCAAUAUUUGUAAUCAGUCAAAGAAUAAAGGGGAUAUCACCGUUUUAGAAGCCGAUGCAAAUUUAAGUGAAGAACAUCAAGAGAAAAAAACUAGCAAUGAUUCAUGGGCGACGAUGACACCUCAUGAAGUUUCGCUUUGGGUAGACCGGAAAGCAAGAUUUGUGUUUCCAUUAUUGUUUAUCAUAUUUAAUGCCAUUUAUUGGACAUUCGUCUAUUGUUUGUAGUUCAGCAAAACGAAAUAACAGCUAAUAUUAAUUUACAGUAGAAAAAUCUUCAAUGCAGACAAUUGAGAUUUAAUUUUAAAAUUAAGCUGUGCUAAUACAAAAAAAAAAAUAAAACUUAAUUUAUCAAAGUGACGAUAAUGUACACUUAUUGACAAGUAUAUGUGAACUGCUUUUUAUAUGGUUUGGUUGCACCAAAUAUGUACAUUUAUAUACAUAUAUAAUAUAUAUAAAAAAGACUUUGUGGAAGAAAAUUCAAUUAUAUACCAACCGUUUCGAUUUUCUUUCGAAACAAAAGCAUACGUAUAUAAGAGAAAAUAUCGUGCAAAACUACAGUUUUGCAUGUAAACCCUUUUAUCAAAGGAUCAUACAUUUUGUUGCAGCACUGACAUACAACAUAAAUAUUAAACCAAACCUAACGAGCAACAAAUAAAGGAAUUUUAAUUUGGUUACACAACACUUAUAGCUUAAGACUAAUUUAAAACACGUUAACUUGAUUGCAUCGAAGCCAUAAUACACUUAAAAAAUAAAAAAGGUCCAUACAUGAACUUGAUUUUGAACGGUCAGUUUGUGGUAUUUUUCGGAGUUUGUACCGCUACUGUAGACAUGUCAAAUUUAGUGAAGAUAUCUCUUAAAAUAAAAAAAGUUUUCCUUACAAAAAUUU